CAUCCGCCUGAGACACUUUUUUCGCGUUUUUGGAUAAUGUUUAAAUCUAUUGUCUAUGGUGGACGUCAACGAAAAUCCACACCGGACAAUAUGAACAUUGAAUAUGAUAUUGAAUCUCCUCAGAUGGACUUAUCCUUAAAUCUGCCGUGGUGGGGACCACACCAUUUGGAUAUUAGUUUAUUUAGAUCAUGUUUAGAAAUCCAUGGACCAAAAAUUUUUGUUGAUUUGAUUAUAGAGGAUAUACUUACUACUAGUCAAAAAGGUGUUGGCCACCGAGCUGGUAAUUAUUAUUAUUGUGAUUUUAUUACCUUGUAUGUACAAGGACAAGCUUUAGGAAUAAUGGCUUUAUUUGUAUUAAUCACUUGGAACAUUCAGUCUAAAGCGUCUACGAAGAUUGGUGGUAAGGGUAUUUAUGAAGCCUUUAUUGAAUUUAUAUUACCAAAAUUUCAAAACCAAAAAAAUGACAAUGAAAAUGGCAUAAGCCAACAUAAAGAGACAUGGAGUAAACUUAUGUAUGGACCUACAAGAGGGUUUAUUGAUAGUUUGAUCUCUAAUAAUGAUCUUAUUGAAGAAAUGCCACAAUUGGCUGCGUUUAAAG